AGCGAAGAAUUAACUGUGUGGCGCAGGACGCGUUGAGCCCGCGAUUCCGCGCCUGCGCAGUGGGUCCCAAGCACUGCUUGCGGCAGGGAGCGGGAAGACCCCCCUCUCCCGCCCCUCGGCAUCCAUACAGGAACGCGCACAUUAACAGGUCUGCGAACGAGUGCAGUGAAGCGCCUCACUUCACUCCGCCGGAGCCACUGACGCAGCACCCCGAGCUGCCCGGCGGCCGCGAGGAUGAAGUGUAAGCCGAACCAGACGCGCACCUACGACCCGGAGGGCUUCAAGCAGCGGGCGGCGUGCCUGUGCUUCCGGAACGAGCGCGAGGACGAGGUGCUGCUGGUGAGCAGCAGCCGCUACCCCGACCGCUGGAUCGUGCCCGGAGGGGGCAUGGAGCCCGAGGAGGAGCCGGGCGGCGCGGCGGUCCGGGAGGUGUACGAGGAGGCGGGCGUCAGGGGCAAGUUAGGCCGGCUCCUCGGCGUCUUCGAGCAGAACCAAGACCGCAAGCACCGCACCUACGUGUACGUCCUGACCGUCACCGAGAUUCUGGACGACUGGGAAGAUUCGCUGAGCAUCGGCAGGAAACGCGAGUGGUUCAAGAUCGAAGAUGCCAUCAAGGUCCUCCAGUGCCACAAGCCCGUGCACGCCGCAUAUCUGGAGAAACUGAAGCUGGGCGGCUCCCCGACCAAUGGCAACUCCGUGGCCCCGGCGCUGCCAGACAGCGCUCCCUAGUAUGUACCUCUCCUGCGCACACGACUGCUUUUCCGCCCACCUUACCAGAAAUCAUGCCUGGCGCACCUCUCAUGCCAUGUGCGGUCUCAAGGGGGAGGAGGGGGGCUUCUUUUGUUUCCUUGGCAGCUCUCUGAAUCACGCUUGCAAACUGUCUCAGUAGCUGAGCACCAUUCUCAGACAAUUUGCACGCUGUUCAGAUGCUUGGAAAUCGCUUCUGGUAGUACUGUCACGUGUUUCUUAGGUAAGCCAAAGCCAAUUCGGGUUCUUUGAAAGGUGCCUGAAAUGCUCACCUAGCCCAUCGUAUGUGUCUGUGUCUGGAGCUGGGGUGAGUGUGGGUAGCGUGGCGGGGGCUUUCUUUAGAAUUGAAUGCCUAUUCAGAAUUUGAUCAACAUAGUUGUGACUGUCAUUAAUUUUUCUCUUAAGUUCUUUUCUAAUUCACAGCAUAAACCCUUGUAGGCAAGCCCCCUUCAGCCUUUUAUGAUGGCAAUUGUAAAUUGACCAGUCUGGAAUGAAAAAAGGUACAACUUUAGGGAACUUUACAAUCUUGUGCUCUUUCCACAGUCCACUAUUACUUUUUUAUUUCUGUAAAACUGCCUUUAUUCAUAUAUAGAUCAUUUUCAUUUCCAAGCACUGUUUCACAAGAGGUUCAUUCUGUUUAUUUGAAAUGGCGAUUUCCCAUAUAACCUAAAUGUAGUGUGGCCAAAUAUUGCUUGAAAAUAGCUCAAUUUUAGCCAAACAUUCUGAUCUGUACAUUUUUGCCGUGAAAACUGUAUUCAUGGAGUACUGCCUAUUUCAGACGCUGGCAGUUCUCUACAAGUUAAGUCUUAAAGAAUGUUAUUUCUUUUUUUGAAAAUUGUGAUAUUCUAUUUAAAUGUGUCUGUUGCCAAAGCAAUGUAAUCUUACAUGGUAGAUGUACCCCAGUCCAGUGAGUUACCUUCUGGAUAUUCAGCUGUUAUUAGCUUCUCAACCUGUUAGGAAACUUGACUAAUCUCUCUUAAAAGUUUAAAAUAAAAGUGUUUUUCUUACACCAUGAACUCUUCUGGGUGCCAGUUAAAUUAUCCUUUGCCUUGCUUGAUAGAUGCUUCAAAUCCUCUUUUGGAACAGCUUUUAUUCUACCCAGCAUGUCAAAAAUUAGGCAGAGGUAAAACCUAUUUUGUGAAGAGGAAAUAAUCCUAAUUUUAGGGUAAUCUAGAAAAUGUCAUAUUUCUUAAUUACUGUUGAUAGGUGUUUUGUGUCACUCAACUAAUUUUGGAGGGGUCACUCUUACGUACCCUGAACACAGAAAAUUUGAAUGUCUAGACUUUGCUGAAAACUCCUUAUCUUCUCAGGAAGGUUUAGGAUAGUGGUUUUGAAGAGUUUGGAUCAGUGAUACCUUUCUAUGUAUGACACUUAAUAUCUUAAUAUUCUGUAUGUCAACAAAUAUUAUUAGAUAAUAGUUGUGAUUUAAAUAUUUUGUUACACUACAAACUAGCCUUUUAAGAUUAACAAUUACUGAAUAUUUACAUAUGAUCAUUUUUAAACUUUGAUGUCACUAUUUUAAAAGAAGAUCUUGGCUUUAUAUAAAUCUGUCUAAAGUACAUAUUGUAGUUUGCAAACAUUAGUGUCUGAGGAAUGGGUACAGUAGAAAAUGAUUCAUUUUUCAAAACAAAUUAUAUAAUUUUAAAAGCAGAUUUGCUAAAUUUUAAUUACUUCUUUAUUCAUAAAUAAAUUCUUAUUUUUCAACAGAUUUCCUAAAUCUUAUAAGUUGACCUCUCCUCUUACUACAAUCCAAAUCAGUGAAUAGAUACUCUCAGUACCUUGAGAAUUUUCAAAGUAAACCUAAUUUAUUACUAUGUCAUACAUUAACCAUGGCCAUCUAAAAUGCUCCCACAAAUGCCUGGGAGGCUUAACUUAAGCAUGACAUUCUUAAUGCAAAAUAUUAUGCUUUGAAUUUUCAGUUAUGUAUUUGACAAAUGUGAAAGUACUAAAAUUAAUCAAAUCUCCCAUGACUUUCAAUAGCAAUUUCAGUAAUGUUUUAGUUAUCAUACUUUAAGUUUUCAAAAUCACACAUGGGAACUUGUUGCUAUAUAUUCUUAUGGACUUCAAUCUGGAAAAAAUAAAUGAAAGAACCCAAAAAACAGAAAAAAAUCUGGUUAAAAUAGUUCACACAUAUUUUUUAAAGAAAAUAAAUGGGUUUAUGAUCUUCAUUCUCCAAGAAGGUGAUGCAAUGCAGUUAGGAUUUUUUUCCCUACAAAGUCAUUAUAUAGUACUCAUGGAUUAUUUAUAAGGUGAUCAUAGUGAAAAUGUAGAAAUGAAUCUUUUAGCUCAUACUCCCAAAUAGCACUAGCCCAAAAAAUCUUUCAUAUAUGAGGGAUUAAUUUAGCAGUGUUUUAAAACAGUUUUUAAAAAUGUAUUUUUAACCAACUGGAUAAGUGCCUAUACUUAAAAAGAUAUUUAGGACAACAUGUUGGAAUAAAGGUAUUAUCAGUAUACUCAAAGCAGUUUUCCUAAAUGUUCAAUGAAUUAUGUUUCCUAAGAAACUUCUUUUGAUUUUCUUUUGAGUAGAGCACUGGUGAAAGAAGUUAUGAAAGGAAUGGAGGGUUAGCUAUAAAUAUUGUGAAUUUCUUUGGUUUCAUAGAGAACUAAAAUUUUCAACAUGUUUUAUUUAGGAGAGAGGAAGGAAGAAGAGACAGGGACAAGCAUCUUGUAAAGAUAUGGCAACAUUAGAGGGUCCUUUUGAACACAUAAUAAAAGGGCUCUGAAAUUGGAAUUGCUACUCUAACGUCCCUAUCAAUAGUUGGUAACUGAGGAAAAAGAUGGUGAAAAUACUGCUUCAGAGCUCAGGGUUCUAACAGUUUACCAGUAUGUUCUUUUUAGGGUUCCUUUUGUGAAAGCUCUCAACAAAAAUAUAAAUAUUCUCACCAUCAUUUGAGUAUUAUAACUAUCGUUCUAAAUUACUUUUUUUGCUUAUUUAGACUCUGACUCCUUUAAGGUCUAGGAAUCAUACUGAAUAUUCUCAUAUCCCCUGAGUCUAGAACAGUAGCUAAAAUUUGGAGAUGUUUGUCAAUUAUACACAGAUUAGAAAUAUCUACUACUCGAGUAUUCUUGAUUUCUUAUCUUGAUCAUUUAUCUCAGACAGUCUGUUUUUCCUAGAGGCUCUAUUCUGGCCUCACAGCAGAGCUGAAGGAUUUUCACUGAAGGAUUUUCUUAUACAAGUAAUUGUUUAUUGUGAUAGAAUCCCAAUAAAUAUGUACUGAUUAAAAAAUUGACCAACCAGUGAAGCUGUUAGUGAGAUUUUUUAGGUGAAUGGCAUAGAGGUUCAGAUUAACUUUAAAAGAUUCAAGUAUGUGAAUCUGGUGAUGAGCAGACUUGUGAAGCACACAUGCUUUCCCACUCAAAAGGACACAGCUCAUUCUAUGCUUUUAUAUAUUUUUCCUUAUUCAUUAUAGUGACUAUUAUCUAAGUUGUUGCACUACUAGUUUAUUUGUAUAGGCUUCUGAUCUAGUAGCACUUGCUGAAUUUCUAUACAAGUCUGUUUUCCACCAGGUUAUACAACCUUGAGUGCAAGUACCUUGAUUUCUUAGUCUUUUAAUACAUCCAUCAUAUAAGAGGUAAUUUUAAAUAUAGUUGAACAUAAUUGGUGAUUUAAAUUAUUAAUAUUCUCUAGUGACUAUGAGUGGUAAAUAAUUCACUUUCUAAUCUGGUGUUAAUACAGUAAAUACUAUCUAUCAUAUGUGGCUUUUUAUAGCAAAUGUUACACAAGUGUUUCAAGGUGACUGUGAGAUUACAAAUUUAAGCUUCACAAAUAUGCCUGUGACAUCCCACACAUUAUGUGCCUCCUAAUGGUAGUAUAGUAUAACAUUGCCAACAUCUGAAUCCAAUCUGACUGUGCCUCUAGAUGUAAGUAAUCAUAUGAAGGAUAUGGAAGGAAGAGAAAACCAUUACUCUGCACCACAGAAUGACAUCAGGAGAACCUAAACUAAGAAAAAAAGGAGAAGUGACUAAAUUUCUUCAGAAGAAAGAGGAGGAUGAACUUAUAGAUUGAAAAAUACAAGAGACAUAAUAAAUUGUAAUAUAUAGAUCUUUUUUGGAUGCUGACUUGAACAAACUCUGAAAUAGUUACUGACAAUCAGGAUAAUUUGAAAAUUGACCUGUUAUUGGGUAUUAGUUGGACUCCUGGUUAUUGUGAUUUUACAGAAACAAUAGUCCGUAUCUUUUAGAGAUAUAUUCGCUAAUAUUUAUGGUUAAAAGGAUGUCUGAAAUUUACUUUAAAGUAAAAAGCCUGUGAAUUUCAAGUGCAUAAGAAAUGUUGGUGAAAUAAAAUUGGUCUUCUUUUCAUAAUUGUUGAAACUGGGUGAUAGUUAAACCAUGGUUUAUUAUGUAUGUUCCUCUCUGCUUUUGUAUGUUUGACAUUUUCAUAAUAAAAAAGCUAAUAAAUGUUA